AUGUUACCGGAAGCCUUAAGUGUGCAAUCUUAUGAAAUGGAACAAAGAGGACGAUAUACCAUCAUUAAAAACUAUCUUAGAGCAGCAUUGCAACCAGAUAUCUUAAACACGAUGACAUUUGCAACGGCGGCUAUAUUUCCUGAGCUUAACCAUCUGCCAGAAAUUUGCUCGAGAUGGAAAGGUCCAAUGUCAGUGUCAGUUUAUGCACCAGGAUCCGACUUCAAAUCUGCACUUCGAAAAAUAAUCAAUUUGAGGUUGGCUAACCCAUGUAUCCAUCAAAACGUGUCCUGGCAUGUUUAUUUUGAUUUGGAUUUUAACCCUUCAUGGGGAAGGUUAAAAUCGCCGGAAGAAGAAGCUGAGCUGACAACGACGACUUCAACCUCGUAUCAAGUCUGGUUAAAGGGAACUUUCAAAAGUCACGGCAAUUUGCCUUUUCCAGCAAAUAUCGGCAGGAACGUUGCCAUUCAAGAAAUUUUUAAAAUGGCAGGAUAUGGGAAACCUCCUGAAACUAAAAGCGAAUUGGUACAGAUGACAGCGGAAGGUAAUAUUGUCUUGCCAAGCAGUACUUUGGAUUGCUCACAGUGCAAUAUUUUCCCACAUGCAAGGAAAUGGUUGGAAGUCAGAUCUCCAGACCAUACACUGUCUGUGUAUUAUGUGAGUCAUGAAAAAGAUGAAUUUGAAUCUUGGCAACCUUACUAUAUAUCCAGGAGAGAUAUACCUUUUUUUAAUGAAGAGGAAAUCAAGGAAGGACGGCAUGAUAGAAAAUUGCAGUUGCUUGAACUUUGUUUGAACCAUUAUGAAUUCCAUAUCUUGGACAAUGCAUUUUUGGUUCAAGUUCAGCAAGAGAUGGAAACGGUUAAAGAUACUAAUAUUCUUCAGAAUUUCAUCCUUCACAACAAUGCAGCAAGAGAAAAAAAGUUGGAGGCUCUGCUGUGCCGUUAUGGAUCCGAUACGGGUUGUGCAAUAUAA